UCGUAACGAGGCGAUAAAGCGCCACCCAGUAAAAUCCCAAUCAGACAAACACCAACGUACCACGUUUGACAAACAUACAGACACGAUGGCACAAGCACGAAGUAAACACAGAAGGCAAACAAUGCGAAGUGUAUUGCAACAGGCCAGUGUACGCUGUUUCACUUGCGUACUACCGAUGCUGUUGUUGCUGAUCAGCGGAAGGGUCGAUGGCAGCUAUCACUCCGGUGUUAGCCCGAUGCCUCACGUGCCAGCAGUACCGAAAGACCCCAAUUCACGUUGCGAAGAAAUCACCAUCCCAAUGUGCCGCGGCAUCGGAUACAAUCUAACCUCGUUCCCGAACGAGAUGAACCACGAAACGCAGGAGGAAGCCGGGCUGGAGGUGCAUCAAUUUUGGCCACUGGUAGAAAUCAAAUGUUCACCAGAUUUGAAAUUCUUCCUUUGCUCAAUGUACACCCCGAUCUGCAUCGAGGACUACCACAAACCGUUGCCGGUGUGUCGCAGCGUGUGUGAACGGGCGAGAGCCGGCUGCGCACCGAUUAUGGAGUCAUACAGCUUCAACUGGCCAGAACGAAUGGCCUGUGAAAAUCUGCCUGUUUCGGGCGAUAGUGAUAAUUUGUGCAUGGAAAUGCCGAAUGAGGAAGAGCACGGAGAUCGCGGUACAGGAGGUGCAUCCGCCGGCGGUAGUGGUGGAUCGGGACAUUCGGGUAAACCGACACGCAAAUCUCACGGAGGCAGCGGUGGCAACCAGCAAAACAACAAAUGCAAGGGCAAGAAUUCAAAAAACUGCCAAAAUCCCCCAGGGGAAAGAACAAAAGAGUGCAUGUGCCGGUGCCGGGAGCCACUGGUCACCCUGGGGAGGGAAAGCACCACAACACUACUGCACCAUCACGGCAGCCUAAGCAGCAACCAAAGUGUAGAAAGGGUCGGCGACGUGCAAAACUGCGCGAUCCCGUGCCGGGGAGCGUUCUUUACCCAGGAGGAAAAGGACUUCGCCGGGAUCUGGAUAGCGCUGUGGUCCGGCCUCUGCGGCAUAAGCACCCUAAUGACACUGACCACCUUCCUCAUCGACACCGAAAGGUUCAAGUACCCUGAGAGACCGAUCGUUUUCCUAUCCGCGUGCUACUUCAUUGUUUCCUGUGGCUAUCUGACGCGCAUCUUUCUCGGCCACGACGAAAUCGCAUGCGAUGGGAAAUCGAUCAAAUAUCCUUCGACAGGCCAGAGUUCCUGCACUAUGAUUUUCAUUAUGAUUUACUUCUUCGGCAUGGCGUCGUCGAUUUGGUGGGUGAUCCUUUCGUUCACGUGGUUCUUGGCGGCCGGGCUGAAAUGGGGCAAUGAAGCGAUUUCGAAACAUUCGCAGUAUUUCCAUCUGGCCGCGUGGCUCAUUCCGACCGUGCAGACUGUGUCGGUUUUAUUGCGACCCGCCGUUGACGGCGAUCCUGUGGCAGGUAUUUGCUACGUCGGCAACACCUCCGUCGAGAAUCUGAAGAACUUCGUGCUAGCCCCGUUGUUCAUGUAUCUUGUAGUCGGAACCACCUUCCUGAUGGCCGGAUUUGUAUCACUGUUCCGCAUUAGAUCCGUAAUCAAGCAGCAAGGUGGUAUCGGUGCCGGAUCCAAGGCAGACAAACUAGAGAAACUGAUGAUUCGGAUAGGCAUCUUCAGUGUGCUGUACACCGUGCCGGCAACAAUCGUCAUCGGUUGCCAUCUGUACGAGGCGUCCUAUUUCGAGGACUGGAUGACCGGGUUAACGUGUCCGUGCAAGGUGGCACCUGGCCUUCGACAGAAACCGCUCUACUCGGUGCUCAUGUUGAAAUACUUCAUGGCGUUAGCCGUCGGUAUUACGUCUGGCGUUUGGAUCUGGUCCGGGAAAACAGUUGAUUCGUGGCGGCGGCUCUGGAGAAGACUGUUCGGUUCGCCUGACCCCACCGGCGCGGGACAGGUGCUGAUUAAGCCGCGACCUCCACUACCCCAACCGUACGCUACGUCCGGCAUCGGUGUGCCAGGAUCGGCGGCAGCCUCACUACUGGCUACGCCAUACACACAAACCGUUGGCAGUGUGGCUUCCACCAGCCACCACCAUCUGCACCAUCACGUUCUCAAGCAGGCACCGCUUAGUCACGUAUGACCUGGAGAUAUAGGCGGCGCAUCUACCUUAACAGCCGGAUCCGGAUCGGUCGUUGAUCCGCGCGCCGUCUCAGUCGUUGUAACGCUUCCCGGUCCGCAACCAGGGCAAGCCCUCAGCGAUUAUGGUCCGAUAUAGUUGGCCGUACGAUCAGAUACGGCGACUCGAAGAAUACCACCCAGCAAUCUAAGUGAACUGUGAAUAUCCGUUCGGUGCGCUACACUUCCCAAUCCGCGAUUUUCUUCUGGAGGACGAAUUCUUUCUCUCGAGCCAUAUAUAGCCAUUGCACACAAUUGGUGCGCGAGUUUUGUACAGCAGAGCAGUACGUUUUCGUCCAUUGUCCAGCAGGUGGUAGCAUACGUUGGGAAUGAAACUGACCGAAUGUGAAGCGGAGCGUGAAAGCAAUUCUUAAUAGUAUUAAAACCAACUCAACUCAAAUCGAUACUACUUCUACUACGUGCUGACGCGUGGACACACUUGUAACAGGUGUACGUGGUGGUACGAACCAGACUAAAAUGCUGCUACCACUGAUCACACCAUAAGCUAUCAUUAUGCUCUAUCUACCUUAUCCGUAAUCAUGCGCCCACAUACAUAUAUGAAUAUGAAUUAUAGCUCCCUGCGAAUAACUUAUCCGACAGACAAGCAUUAGUAUAAGGACAGUUUCAAGUUAGCGGCUCUCUUUCUAGUCGAUGAUGUGGUUAGUAGUGGAAUAGAGUUUUUAGAGAUGGUAAUAGAUACAUUGUUCGUGGAGAUGGAGUAUGGAGUUGUGGAUGUUUGUAAGUUAUAUUUUAUACAUAGAGCUAAACAACUCACAAACGUCAACAAAGGAGUGGAACGAAGUAACACGGGAAUGAAAGCACAUUUCGUCAGUUCAUUGUCGAGCGUGAUAAAUUGUUCGCCAAAUCGACAGCGAUUACCAACUAUCGAAAAUGAAGAAAUGAACAAUAACCGCACAGGAAAGAAGGAAACGCAUGUGACAAUACCUAUUCAGUCCUCUUCAUGCGGACAAGAAACGAAGCAAACAAACAUUUUUAAAAUUGUGUAAUGAAGAGUUUUCCAACGAAGAUCGACACUCAAAUGUCACUGCCACCAAUAUUAUGUUGCUUUCGAAUCUGUACACCUUUAACAAUCCAUAAUCCUCUGUAGUAUAAUCCUUCUACCACAGCGAAGCACUCAAAGUAAACCCUAUUUCAAAAAUGGUGCAUUUUGAUGGAACUUUUAUACGUAAUUAGAGUUAAUUUAAAACGCUAUUGGUCAUAAACCAACGAACGCAGAUUGGAAAAUGGAAAUUACUAAACCUUGCCCCCUUCUGAUAGCAAUAGCAGUGUGCUGUUCAAACGUACGUACAUAUUUGCAAAUCAAUGUCACUUAUUCUGUAUCUGUGUUUGAUAGAGCUAGUGCAGCUUCGUCGAAAUGCAUUUUUUGCAUUUCGUUAAAGAACAUGUUAUAUCUUGUAGUCGCCCUAUCGCUUCGAAUUUCCAGCCUUUCGUGUGUGAAUUUGCCGCGUUAUGCAUAUUGUUGCACAACGGACUGCAUUUGCACGAUACGGUUUUGUUAACGUUUGUUUCUUUCAUUUGUAACGCGUCCGUUGGCUCUUGUGUUAACUUUCUUCACAUCUGUUUGCCAAGUCAUACUUCGUCCAGUGCAAGUUUCUCUCAGAUUGCCAUAUAAAUGUCAUAAGCGCGAUACCCUGUCCACGCCAAGGAAAGGGUUGCAAGUGACGGUUAAGGUAUAAGGUUAGGUUUACGUUAAGUUUCGUUCGAUUCAUCUUCCACUGGGGAUUUACUUUAGGUUUGGAGGUGCUUCAGGCAGUUUUUAUUUCCUUGAUUUGUUUCAUUUUUGUUAUUGUUUGUUGCCUUAGGUUCGAAUUGGAAGUAGCAAAACUGUCGGUGGUUUUGGCAUUUCUUUUUUUUAACUUGGCAAACAAAUGAAACGCAUGUUGUCUCCGCUUUGUUUAUUAUAUGGCUUAACAAUAGACUAGACACCGAAUCUCAUCCUCUCCCGAAGGUAAUCGAUGACCAACCGGUGUAAACCACGGGCAGAAGGAUGAAUUGUACAUAUCAACGUAAUGCAAUGGCAGAUACAUUUGUAUGCAAUUUGGAUCAGCUCGUAGCAUCCGUUUCAAAUUGUUGUCACCUCGAUCCCAAAAUGUAACGUCGCCAAACACCGACAGAUAGUGGGAAAUGGAAUCGGAUCAUCGAAGAGAGUUGAAAAAACAAACAAAAACUGUAAAUGUUAUGUAAUUUAUUUGUCACCCUUGGAUUGGUACGGCAUAGGAGAAUCGAUCCUCUUGAUCCAGGUGUUCAAGCACCCCCUGGAGCAUGGUGUGAUCGCUUGUGUACAGUACGAUAAAUAGAUAUUUAGAUGCGUAAGCUAAAAGAAAUGAAAACAGAACAAUAAGGGAAACGCUAACAUUAAACAGACAGUUAAACCUUCGUGCUGGGAACAGAUAGAUAAUAAUACAUGAUGAUGUCAAAAAGUACGGAUAUUCCGCAUCAGUUGCUUUCCUGAAAAUCCCAAAAGCUAUCAAAAAUGAAAUCUCGGCAUAAAAGCAAUUACAACACUUAUCGGAACUGUCCUCCUCUUUAAGGCGGAAACAUUCGUUUGCUAGCGUUCGAGUGAUUUGAAUUUUUAAAAGCAUACCCAAGCUCUAUUUAUGCAGUGCAGUGCAAACUGUAUGCAGUAGAUCAUUGAACACCAAAGGUAACUGAAGCUCCUACAUUUAUUUUAUCCCUUCGACUGCAAAUACAUCUCGUUCCGAACUAAAAUUUCCUGCUGACAGGUUAGCGGCCAGGGAAAAUUAAAAGAAUUCCAAUGAUCAUGCACAACGUGGAAAGAGCACGCUCGAAACGAAGUGGCGAUAGUAUCCAAUGGAUAUUGUUUUGCGCGUAAAGGUUCAACAGAAAGAUAGUGUUGCAGGUGAAAGGGAAAAUGAAAUUUACAAAUAAAGAAAACGUUUUAAAAUUAUCUGGUUUUAACAGAUACAUAGACUGUAUACGAAUAUUGUUCAUUUAUUGCGUUGCAUAGAGGAAAGCACAACCAUCACCGAAACCAAACAUUUGUUUUUUUAUUGUUUGCUUUUUUACGAUGUAAUGCUUCAAGCUAAAAAUCUUAGCUCUGGUUCAAUUUCGUUUGGUUUCGAAGAUAGGAUGUCAGGUGACAGCGUAAACUGUCCAAUCAAAGAUCAAGCAAGGACGCCCGGGGGACCUCAAUGCCCAGGAAGCAGAUAGUCAUAAAUCAAAACACAAAAUAACAGUUGUAUAUGUGUGUGUGUGUUAGGAUUAUUUUCCGUUCCCAGUGUACGCACGUGCAGGAAACUUAUAAAUACUAGCGAUAGAAAACCAGCCUCCGUCACGUAAAGAAUACAACCUUUUUUGUAGGCUGGAAGAAAA